AUCAGAAUCCUGUUGAAUAUGAUAUUUGUCGUAAACACGUUGAUCUCAUUUUCGGAGCACGACUCAUUUUCGAUACCUAAUUGUAAACACUAGCACAUGGACAAGGAGGCCAAAUUCUUACCCAUUGUCGCACUUAUAAGUGAUUGAUACCUUAGAACUAAGCGACUAACUUUAAGAUCAUGUUCCCAUUGUUGUUAAAAGACUCUAUUUUCUCGGUCGCGCAAAGACAGUUUUUAACUGAUGCCAGGUUUCUUAACUGUCUUCGGAUGUUUUGUUCUAGGAAAACAGACGAACAAACAAGCCAUUCUCCAUCAGGCGACAUUGCAAGCGAUGCAAGUUAUGUACCUAGAAGAUAUAGGAAACGACAAGCUGAUUCGUUACGUUCAUCACAUUCUAGGUCUGUUAGUGUUAGUAGGACAUUAGAAUCUGAAAACCAUGGCAAACUUCAAGUCAAGGGAAUGCUUGAUGAUAUGAUUACAAAUUCAGAUAAAGAUAAGGGAUUUGUAGAGACUUUUUCAUCAGAUGUUGAUGAAAAUAAAAAAUCAAAAGAACACGAAAAACAUUCACAAAUAAUAAGACCAGAAAUUGACCCAGAGACAAAAUCAUUUACUUUCUUUCCUGGGCAAGGAAGCCAGUUUGUUGGCAUGGGUAAACAGUUGUUACCCUUUCCAGGUGUCAAAGGACUUUAUGAUCAUGCUAGUGAAAUACUAAAAUAUGAUUUACUGAAACUAUGUCUUUAUGGUCCAAAAUCAGAACUUGAUAAAACCAUACAUUGUCAGCCUGCUGUAUUUGUGACAUCGGUCGCAGCUAUUGAGAGAUUAAAAGAAGAAAACUUUCAGGGUAUAGAGAAUACCAUUGCUACAGCUGGUUACAGUGUUGGAGAGUUUGCUGCUAUGGUAUUUGCUGGAAUGAUGUCUUUUGAAGAUGCCCUCAGCGUGGUCAAAGUAAGAGCCCAGGCAAUGCAGCGAGCCUCAGAGGAGACUCCUAGUGGAAUGAUGACAGUGUUUUGUUUCUGGGGAACCAAACUGAACCUAGCUACAGAAGCUGCUAAACAGUAUUGUAAGGAGCACCACCACAUAGAAGAUCCUGUGUGUAAAAUAGCCAGCUACCUGUUCCCUGAGGUUAAAGUCAUAGCUGGACAUGAUGAGGCAUUAGACUUCAUAGAGAAGAAUAAGAAAGAUUUUGGAAUAAGAAGUUGUAAACGUAUAGCAGUUAGCGGUGCUUUCCACACUCCUUUAAUGGACUCGGCAAGGAAACCUGUCAGUCAUGCAUUAAGAAGGAUAGAAAUACAUCGUCCAAAAUUUCCUAUAUUGUCAAAUGUGACUUCUAAUAGACUACAGAAUAAUGCUAAUUUCCAUAAGACCAUUGUUAAUCAACUGGUAAAACCAGUGAAAUGGGAACAAAUAAUGUCAACGCUAUUCACAAGAGACAAAACUAAAUCGGCAUUUCCAUACACAUAUGAAUGUGGACCGGGCAAUCAGCUAGGAAUUUUCUUAGACAAAAUGAACAACAAAGCUUUUAAAAAUUACAGAAACAUACAAGUAUAAUGACGAGUGGAAUGAUUCUGUUACAAAUUGUAGUCAGCAUGAUACAGUUGUUGAUAUUUAAGAAUUCUUUUAUGUUCGGAAAAUUAUUUAAAAAAAAAUAUAUCAUACAAAUCACUUUUCAA